AUGACUUCACUAGCCUCAUUUCUUACAUGCCACACUUCAACCACACUUCCCGAUCGUGUUCUGUCGACUAAUAAAAAAAGUGUCUCUCUUCUCUCAAACUCGCGUUGUAUUUAUGAGAAUCUUGCUGCAGAGGAGGCACUUCUUCGUGGUGUGGUGUUGGAGCGUGAUGAGCAGUUACUGUUCCUAUACGCCAACCGCCCGUGUGUGGUGGUGGGCCGCAAUCAAAAUCAUUUGCAUGAAGUCGCGUGCCGCCGUGUUCAGCGCGAUGGUGUGGCGUUAGCGCGGCGCAGCUCCGGUGGUGGGGCGGUCUAUCAUGAUGAUGGGAAUUUGUGUUUUUCUUUCUUCACACACCGCAGCGCGUAUGAUCCGGCGAAGAGUAUUCAACUCUUACGUUUGUUUCUCUCUCAUGUGUACGGCAUUCACCCUGAUCGUCUCACCUCAACAUGUCGUCAUGAUCUCUUUCUAGACGAAAAGAAAAUCACUGGAUCCGCCAUGCGAGUACAACGUGAUAUUGCCUUUCACCACUGUACACUAUUGGUGUCUUCUUCUUAUGAGUCUUUGGGGAAGUAUUUACAUUCGGAUGGGGAUUAUGUUUCUUUUUCAACUUCGGCUGUUUCCUCUGUUCGUGCUCCAGUGACUACACUAGUGCGCAGCGGUGUUUUACCAUCCGAAUCAUCACAAAAUAGCGAUGAUAUCGUACAUGACACCAAACUGGCCGCAGCCAAUUUCUUUGUUCGUCAUGCAACAGAUAUUCUCUCUAAUCGUACACCAUGGGAGAUGGAUCCAUCAGUGUUUAAAAAGAAGGAAGAGGAGAUGAAAUCAGUGGAGAAUAAAAGUGGAGGAAUUUUCGUACUCGAUGUGAUGGGCGCACUGCAGGAAGACACACCCAUGGUGGAUGGUGAAGGACGUAAACCCACUACAGGAUCACCUCAAAGUAUACAGGAAGAAACAAAUCGCCUGCGCUCUGUUGAGUGGCUUUUUUCAAUGCCCAAGUUUGAAACUCGUGUUUCUAUUUCCCUGACAGAACUUCUUAAGUGGAGGUCUGAUACACCACCAAGUGGUUGCUACAUCUCAACAGAUGAUCUAGUGUAUUUUAUGCAAGGUCACAAUCGUCUUGAUGUUAGUGUAGUUGUUGAAAAACGUCGCAUUACAUCUAUUUCUUCGUUUUGGUUUAAGGAUGAAACAGAUGUACAGCAGGAUUCAUGGUGUACAUGUCUUCUUAAGAUUAUACUAGAAGAUUACUACGUGGAUGAUGCUAAUGUUGAUCUGAGUGAAGCGAAUACUCUUCUUGAAUCUGCAAUGCAACUGGAGUGUCGUGAUCUGCUUGCUGACAUGCCCUCUCCUGAUAGGAGUUCAAGAGAUAAGAUCACCGCGAUGCGGUGUUUUCUGCAAGCGGUACUCUCUGUGUGGCGUUAUAAAAACGUUUUUAUCUCUCCUUCGUGUUAA